AUGUACAACCGACUGGUAGCUGCUUCAGCCCCGGCUAUGUGGCAGCGAGCCAUAGAGCAAGUUUUACAGGGCAUUCCGCACACCCAGUGCAUCUUGGAUGACAUCAUCAUCACUGGAACUUCUGAUGAGGACCACAAGCGUAACCUCAGUAAAGUGUUGUCACGCCUCGAUGAAUAUGGCUUAUGUGUCAAUUUGGACAAGAUGUCUAUUUUUAAAAAGAGAGUGAGUUAUUGUGGACAUGAAAUUGAUGAGAAUGGCUUACAUAAAUCACCAGACAAAGUGUUGUGUCACUACAACACAGACCUUCCAUUGAAAUUAGCCUGUGAUGCAUCCCCAUAUGGCACUGGCUGUGUGCUAUCUCACACAUCUUCAGAUGGAAGUGAACGACCUAUCGCCUACGCAUCAAGGACCUUGAAGAAGGCAGAGCGUGGAUACUCGCAAAUAGACAAGGAAGCCCUUUCCAUCUACUGGGGGAUACAGAAAUUCAAUACAUAUCUAUUUGGAAAACAUUUCACGCUAAUCACCGAUCAUAAGCCGUUACUUAGUAUCAACCCAUCCAAAGCCCUACCGGCAAUGACUGCAGCACGAAUCCAACGAUAUGCAGUUUUCCUCUCUGGACAUUCAUAUGAUAUCAUAUACAAAAGUACGAACAAACACUGCAAUGCAGAUGUGCUAUCCAGAUUGCCACUGCACUCUAUAGAAAGUGAGGGGACUGACGAAGUAGAUAUAUUCUACAGUACCCAGUUGGAAAUGCUACCGGUAACUUCAGAACAAGUGCGAAAUUUAACUCGACGAGACCCAAUCUUAGCACAAGUCCUUGACUUCGUGUCUACUGGGAGAUUCCCUAACACUUUUGUUAAAAGCUUGAAACCAUACAUACAGAGAAAGGAUGAACUUACACUGCACCAAGGAUGUAUCAUGUGGGGAAACAGGGUAGUGAUUCCUGAAAGCCUACACCCCAGAUUAUUAGGAGAAAUACAUGCUGGACACCUUGGCAUUGUUCGAAUGAAGGCAUAUGCGAGAUCAUACGUUUGGUGGCCAAACAUUGACAGCGACUUGGAGCAAACAUGCCGCUCAUGCGCAGGAUGCCUUUCCAAAAUCAAAUACCGCUGCACCAUAUAUACUGGCCUGAAAUUAUGGUAUCGCGUUCACGUGGACUAUGCUGGCCCUUUUAAGAAUGCUAUGUUCCUUAUUGUGAUUGAUGCUCAUAGCAAAUGGCCUGAAGUUUUCCAUAUGACAUCUACUACAGCAUCAGCUACUGUGAAAACUCUGCGCACCUUAUUUUCCCGUCAAGGUAUACCAAAUGAAGUAGUGUCCGACAAUGGCCCGCAAUUUAUCUCGGCAGAAUUUAAACAAUUCAUGACCCAGAAUGGAAUAAGACACAUAACAUCUGCGCCGUACCAUCCCCGCACCAAUGGACAGGCUGAAAGAUUUGUGCAAUCUUUCAAACGUGCAAUCAAAAGUGCCAAAACAUGUCGGAACUAA